UCUGUGAGCGAAGUCAAUGUUUUGGUAGAUAUCUUGUGAAUGUUGUUAUUGCUACAACGCCAGUAACGUGCGUGUUACACAUUUUAGAUUUUAAUUGGUGAAGAGUCAUAAAUCAUGAAUUCUGUAAAUACACAUCAUGGCAUACCAAACGGUCGGCCCAGUGUUGGAAUAUCAAAUUCGGCGCGAGUGUCAAGCGUCGCCAGAAGUGGUGUGGGGAGACAGAGAAAAGAUUGCCCGUUAAUUGAAAGUCGUAAUUGGUUGAUACAUCUACAUUACGCACGAAAGGAAUUCGGGAUAUGUAAAAUAUUAAUCCAAGAAGAACUCGAGAAGAGCAAAGGAUUCUCUGAAUUCGCAAACUAUAUGCAGGGUUUAAUACUGAGGCAUGAAGGAAGAAUCCAAGAUUCCCUAGAGUAUUUUCAAACAUGUCAUGCCAUUAAUCCCAUGAACGUAGACAACAUCAAGCAGGUUGCAAGAUCUCUGUAUCUACUUGGAAGGCACAGAUUGGCCUUAGAGGCGUACCGAGAAGCAGAAAGUCUUGUUCUCAAGCCUGAAUGGGAUAUUUAUCAUAACUUAGGCAUGUGUCUCCUGCACCUAAAUGAAAGGGUUAAAGCAAAAGAAUGCAUUUCGAAGGCCAUUGAUUUGAGCCGCCAAGAAUGUUCCUACGUAGCACUUGCAAAAAUAUACCUGCUUGAGAACGAUAUUGGUGCUGCAGUUAAUGUAUAUAAUGCAGCAUGCAGCAUAUACCCAGAAAAUUCUGACCUUGCUACAACUCUUGGUUUACUUUACAUGAAACUUAGGGAGUAUCAAAAAGCAUUUGAGAAGUUGGGUUCCGCUUUAGCACAUAACCCAUCUUCAGCAAAGGCAUUGUUGGCAAUGGGUUCUAUAAUGCAGGACCAUAAAGACUGUGAGGUAGCACUAUCAAAAUACAAAAUUGCUACUCAGUAUGCACCUGAAUCUGCACCAUUGUGGAGUAACAUUGGAAUGUGCUUUUUUGAAAUGAAAAAGUUCAUUGCAGCCAUCAGCUGCCUUAAGAGAGCAAAUCACCUGUCUCCUUUUGAUUGGAAAAUAUUAUACAACCUUGGACUGGUUCAUUUAGUGACACAGCAGUAUGCAUCAGCUUUUCAUUACUUGUCUGCAUCGAUAAAUCUCCACCAUAGAUAUGGGAAUGCAUUUAUGCUGCUUGCUCUUACGUUGAAGAAACUGGGAGAUCCAGACAAUGCUCAAAAGGCUUUUGAACAGGCUGCACGCCUGGACCCAACAGAUGCUUCCAUACCUUUGAACUAUGCCAUAUUUUUGGCUGCUAAUGGAAGAAAGGAAGAAGCUGCAGUUCAACUGAAAAGCUUCCAAGAUUUAGCACAGCAAGGAACAGUUAACCAGGAGAUGCUUGAGGUUGCAAGCAAAAUGUUGGAAACACUUUCUGUAGAAAGUGCUGCUUCCUUAUCAGACAAUAAGCCUGCUGAUGUUCGUACACCCACACCUGAUUACCCCCAUAUGGGUCCUGAUGAAGUCUGAACAAUUGUAACAAAUUAAAAUUUAUUUAGUUGGUGUAAUAACAAUGACGUGGCUUUUAUAUUUUGUACAUUCUGUGAGAUGAAAUUAAAGUAUAAGUUAUUGUG